AUGGGGCAGAUUCAAGAAAUGAGCGAGUUGGAUCGAAAAGAUGUGUUAUUUCGGUUUGAAGGACCAGACUCGGAAGAUGGUGAAGUUCACAAGCAUGGAGGUCGAGAGGGACAAAAGAAGCCUCCGAGAAUGCAUCGGAUUCACAUUGGUGCUUUGAACGACGAUGGCAGUCAAGACAUGGAGAUUUGUAAUGAGAUGAUCGGAAAGAAGCAGUGUUAUGAGCAGAAUCUGUGUUUCAUGUGCAAGAAACCCGGUCAUACAUCGCGAGAUUGUUACCAGAACACGAGAAGAUAUCAUGCAAGAGAUCAUGGAAGAUAUCACAGCGUAAAUUAUCGAAGGAACAGGAGACGAAUGCAGAACAUAAGGAAUGUGGUGAAAGCGCAUCACGUGGAAAUGAAUGAAUACAAGGCAGAAACCUAUUCAUUUCAGUUGAGCAAGGCACAAGCAACCAGCAUGCGGAUCAAGCAGUCAAAAGUGGUGUUGACGAGAAUGAGUGCCGACGAGCUGAUUGUGAAAAAGGGACUGAGCGUCAGGAUCGAGAAAACGAUCUCGGCUACUGCCAGUCCAUUUGAUGACACAGAAACGGAUUUCAAAGUUGUUCAGCUGGGACACACGAUGUCUAGUUGGGAAAACCGUGAAUGGCAAGAGUUAUCGGAGUGCCAAGAGGUGAAAGAAAACGAGUUCCGACGGAAGCUGAGACAACAAGACUAUGUUCAGGUUUUUCAUGUGAAAAUCUGGAUGGGAAAUGAUGCGGAAGAGUGA